AUGACAAACGGGAACCAUGAACAAGGACCACAAACUGGGAUAGCGAACAAGAACAUGGGAGAGGCCAUGGAAGCCACGAAACCAGGAACAAUAACUACGAAAGGAAAGCCUCAAUGGUCAGGGAUUCAUGGAUCAGUAUCGAUUCCGAAAUGUCUUCUACUCAUUCACGGAGCCCCUCUCACAGAGGAAACAUAUCUUCUUGAGCAGCCCUCUAUUUCUUUCCUGAGCAAAGAUGAUGGAAGGAUUGAGAGUCUCCUUGAAAAUGACAUCCUAAAUUUUGAGACACUUGGUUUGGAAGAUCAAUUACUUUACGUCAAUGAUGAUGACUUGGUGAUUGCAAAUGACAAGGAUUUCCAGUCUACUAAUAUUCUUUCUGAGAAUUACCAGCCUGUUGAGGAACCCUGGCUACACCCUUCCAUUCCCUCUAAGGAUAAAAUAGAAUCAAACAAAUCUGAAACUGGUGAAACUGUAGAAGAGAAGGUGAAGCUGGUAGAUAGAGAAAAGUUGUUACUUGAAGAAAGUAGUAAUAUAAUGUCGAAAGAAUCAAUUUCAACCAUUAUUCUUAUUAACUCAUCAAUAUGUACGAUGCAAAGAAUUGCAGUACUGGAGGAUGAAAAAUUGGUUGAAUUAUUGUUGCAACCAGUCAAGAGUAACGUGCAAUGUGAUAAUGUAUAUGUCGGGGUGGUCACAAAGCUUGUUCCUCAUAUGGGUGGGGCUUUUGUUAAUAUUGGGAAUUCUAGAUUUGCUUUUAUGGAUAUUAAACAAAAUAAGAAGCCAUUUAUAUUCCCUCCAUUUCGUCAAAGGACAAGAAAUGAGAUUGAUCUUGAGGAAAAAAAUGAUCAUAUGUCUCAUGAAGGAGAGGAUGGUUAUUUAAAAUCUGUGCACAAUGACUGUGAUGAGCAUGACGGAGAGGAUGAGUUUUAUAUUUCUGAAGUUCUUAAGGAAAGGAAAGGGAGCAUGGUUGACGAUGAAGUAGAAGCUGACUUUGAGGAUGAUAUAGAGGGAAGUGAUGUUCAAGUAGAAGGAGAAGCAAAUAAUAGUCCUGUUGCUGUUGGUAUGAAUGGGUCUGUCAACCCUCUUAUGUUGCAAACAAAAGAUACAAAGAGAGCUACCCACAAGGCUUCUGGAGAAAACAAAUGGAGCCAAGCGAAGGGAACCAAAAUAAUUGUCCAAGUUGUCAAAGAGGACCUUGGUACAAAGGGUCCCACUCUGACUGCUUAUCCUAAACUAAGAAGUAGAUUCUGGGUUUUGCUUGCAUGCUGCGAUAAAGUUGGAGUCUCCAAAAAGAUUUCUGGUGUUGAGCGCACAAGGUUGAAGGUUAUAGCAAAGACAUUGCAGCCUGAGGGUUUUGGCCUCACUGUAAGAACUGUUGCCGCUUGUCAAUCUUUUGAGGAACUUCAGAAAGACUUGGAAGGGUUGCUUUCAACCUGGAAAAAUAUAACGGAACAUGCAAAGUCUGCUGCUCUUGCUGCUGAUGAAGGGGUGGAUGGAGCUGUUCCUGUAAUUUUGCACAGGGCAAUGGGUCAAACUCUAGUGGUCCAGGAUUAUUUCAAUGAAAAUGUUAAGAAAAUGGUGGUCGAUUCUCCAAGAACAUUCCAUGAGGUGACCAGUUACCUUCAAGAAAUUGCCCCUGAUCUUUGUGAUCGAGUUGAAUUAUAUGAUAAAAAAAUUCCGUUGUUUGAUGAAUUCAACAUUGAAGGAGAGAUAGGCAAUAUACUCAGCAAAAGGUGAUAUGUUGUUACUUUUGUUGAUAACUUUUAGUAUUUAUUAUCCUUUUCUUUAUUGUUACUUUUUUAGAUUGUGUUAUAAUAUCCUUAUCUUUCCGUGUUUGAGAAUAUCUUAAAAGAUCUUAGAGCAUUUCAUGGAAUCGGUUAGUGUUCUAAUUGAGGAGGCAAUAGUUAGUCAUCACUUUUUGUUCCAGAAUUUAU